AUGCCCAAGUUUCGUCUUGGCAGAAGCCACACCACUCAUUCCAAAGAUGGCACUGAUACGUCUUUUACAUCAGCAUCGGGCGGAUCUGAUGAGAUGCACCUUGCUACCAAGCACGCCGAGGCUAUCUGCCUCAGAGAUAUCAAAGACUGCUUUCGCAAGUUUGGCAUCCGCCUUCCAGACGAAACCGUCUUUCGAUAUGCCAGCUUUUACAACUUCGAUGCCGAACUAGCCAUCGAUGGCAUCCAUGAGGAUAACGGAAACCCGUAUCUGAAACUCAAGAUGGAAGACUUGGAAGAACAGUUUGAAUCCAACGCUGUAUUCCCUCUCCCCAAGCUACGAACUCGCAAGAAUGACUCGGAGAUCAUCUACAUGAAACCCGCUCGAUUCAAUGCUAACGAAGGAGACAGUGAGAAACUCAUUGAAAGUCUUUGCUAUGUUCUCAACGACUUGAGCCAAACUGUGGAACAAUGUAGGAACGGAGUCACAGUGAUUGCGGAUAUGCAAGAUGUCACAAAAGAGAACUUUAGCAAGGAUCACUGCGCGAAACUGAUGCAAGCGCUUCAAGGUACUAUGGUCCCAACUCGUGUGGAGGCUUUUAUUAUCGUCUCACCGCCAUCGUGGUUCAGCAAAGUCUUCAAAUGGAUGAAAUCUAAGGUGUCGAAAGACUUUUUGAAAAGGGUUCAUCUCACCCAACAAGAUCAACUGCCCCAUUUCCUGAUGGAUGAUUACGAAAUGUAUUUGCCCGAUGAUUUAUGUCAAGGACGAGCCGUUGCGUCCGAGAUCUGCGAGGAUUAUAUGGACCUCAAGGUUAUCGAAGAGACAAAACAACGAUAA